AUGGUUGCUGCGUUAAAGAAUCCCAAGAGAGUGCUCUUCAUCGGAGCCGGUGGAGAUAUCCUGGCAGACAUCAACGAGAAGAAUACCGCAGAAAUCGCCGCGAAGCUCCCUGCAGGUCGUGCUGAAACAUUGAAACUGAACCUUUUUGACGCCGAAGCCCUCAAAGAUGCCAUCCAAGGUGCCUCUCUGGUCGUUCUUGGCGCCGGACUUUACUCGCGCACAUCAGCACCAGUACUCGCCGCCUGCCUUGCCGCCCAAGUUCCAUAUCUCGACUAUGAUGAUGAUGUAGAGAGCACGCAGGCGGCACUCGACCUACAUGAAAAGGCCAAGAAGCAAAAUGUGCCAUGUUAUAUUGGCUGUGGAGCGUCUCCAGGCAUGUCUAACGUAAUGGUCAUGGACGUGGCGAAGGAUCUGGACACCAUUGACUCGCUGGACAUCUGCUGGCUGGUUGGAGACGAGUGCGGCCACGCCGGGAAAGCCGUGCUCGAACAUCUCAUGCACAUCGCUGCUGGGCCUUGCUUGACCUGGAAGAAUGGCCAAGCUGUCGUCAAUGAGACAUGGGAGGAGACUACGUACGCCCCAAUCGUUCCUGGUGCGGCGGAUGUUCUCUUGCACGAGACUGCGCACCCCGAGCCAGUCACCCUGCCUCGCCACUUUGCCAAGGCAAACCGAAUCAGAUGUGUAGGAGGUCUUGAUCCUGCGCCAUAUAAUGGCAUUGCUCGAGGAUUGGGCGCGGCGGUUCGGACUGGUCGCUUGCCAAUUGCAGUUGCCGUUGAUUUUCUGUUCGAUUUGAUCAAUAAACCACCUUCGACGGAAGGCUGGGGUCAAGCGUGGGCUUCAUUGACGCAAGCUUUCAAGGGAGGCAAAAUCACUCUGAACGAACUGCUCCAGUUGGCAUCACACACCUCGGAUGCGCUCAGCCCUUGGCGAUAUGCGAUCCAGGGGAUGCUCGACCAAAUCAAGAGCGGCGAGUGCACGACGAUGGAGGUCAUUGGCUUCAUCAUUUCGCAGGCACGGGGCACUCCUGCACCAUAUCGUUCCGGCCUGCUCGUCCGCGCCGUUGGUACGCAUAAUGGACAUCCUGCCGUCUCCAUGCGUCGGCAACCAAAUCCCAGCAAAGAUUCGUUCUUGGGCCAAAGCAUGGGUGCCAUCACUGGUGCUUCGUGCGCAGCUUUCAUGUUGAUGGCUAUUGAUCAGGCCAGGGAGAGCAAGGGUGGCGUUUUCUGUCCUGAGGAUUGGGCCCAGCCGCAGGUGUUUUAUAAGGCUUUGCAACGUCUUGGGUGUCCUCCUGACCAGAUUGUCGAGUCGCUGUGA